CCAGCUCUAUCUAUAUAAGUCUCAAGAGAGCCAAAUUACGGUCACUCACGCUAUAAACUAGUCACAGAUUCGAUAUACAUCUUCUACCAUGGCUCCCAAGGUUCUCGUUGUCCUCACUUCCCAGGACCACUUCCCUGCUAACAACCACCCCACCGGUUGGUAUCUGCCCGAAUUCGCUCAUCCCUGGGAUGUUCUCCACGAGAAAACCGAGCUGGUCAUUGCCUCUCCCAAGGGCGGCAAGGCCCCUCUCGACCCCAGCUCCGUGAAGAUGUUCGAGAACGAUGCCGUCUCGACCAAGUUCCUGAAGGAGCAGGAGGCCCUCUGGACCAACACUGUGAAGCUGUCCGAUGUUGCCUCCAAGGUCUCCGAGUUUGAUGCCAUCUUUUACGUCGGUGGUCACGGACCGAUGUACGACCUCCACAGCGACGCCACCUCCCUGGCUCUGAUCCAGGAGUUCGCUGCUGCUAAGAAGCCCGUCGCCGCCGUCUGCCACGGUCCUGCUGUUCUUGUCAACGCUACCACUCCCUCUGGUGAGCCCCUGCUUGCCGGUGCGGACGUCACCGGUUUCUCCAACACCGAGGAGGACCAGGUUGGCCUUAGCCCCAUCAUGCCUUUCAUGCUGGAGGACGAGCUCAACCGCGUCUCCGGUGGCAAGUAUGUCAAAGCCGAGCAGCCCUGGGGAGAGAAGGUUGUCGUCUCCAAUGUUGCUGGUCUUGGUGGUAUCGUGAUUACUGGCCAGAACCCGGCUAGUGCUACUGGCGUUGGAAAGGCCAUCCUCAAUGCUCUCGGAUUGUAAUCGGUGAUGUGCGAUACUUAUGUGUGAUGACCUGAUAAGUCUAAUUAAUGAUAAUAUAUAUUCAUUAUUGAGAA